GCUGGCAGUUGUGUCCGAGUCACUAGUGCGCGAAAAAACGUGUGUCCUUGACAAGGUACAUGUAUGUAUUUUGUACACAGAGAUUUCGUUGUAUGGGCUUAAACGCCAAAAAUGUGUUCACGGAAGUCAUCACAAACACUUCCUACUUUAGAAAAUUCACGUUUCAGAAAUUGCUCGAACCGUUUUGAGUUAGAGUCGCUCGGUGCAAGAACAAUUGUUUGACCUGACGACAUGCGGUAACGUUUGGUCAAAGAAAAAACAAAACACAACCCAAGCAAACAAAGCGAGGCAUGAUCAAGGACAAGAAAACACUUAAUCAUAAAAUUGAAAAGGCAGCAAAUAAGAUUUCAAGUUUGUGAAUGGUUUUGUUACUACGUUUGGCGCUUUGUGUAAACAAUUCCCACAGAAACUAGGCGUGCAGUCAGUGUGUUGAUAUUGCCCCCCUCUUCCCUUAUCAAUAUUAUAUUUGAAUUGUUUUGUUUGACAAUAUUGUAGGGUCGGACGACUACCUAAGGGAGCGAUCGUAAAGUUAUUUGCGUUUCGAAAGAAAGUCAAAUAUCCCUUUUCUCUCAGUACACGUGGUGGACUGACACGUUUUGAUAGGAAGCUACUUUUUAUGUCGUUAUUUGCUUUCGUGAUUGACCGUAACAACAAGCAGGGGACGGGCGGCCCCUCCCCCGACGGAGCACCCCGCAGUGGCCCCCUAGUCGGCCCGCCCACCGCCAGCUCGCUCCCGCCCGCCCUCAGGCCUCUCCAGCCGUUUGUCAACCUUGAUUGAAGGAUCCAUACGGCAGUGCGGCUCCUUCGCCCCUCCCCUGAACCCUCCCCGCCGCCAGUUACAACAACAACAGGUUUCUGUGCCGGGCCGAUUUCCAAAAUACAGUCACUUUCACCGGCCAGUACCACAGGUGCUCUCGUACGCAGACACUCCCCCGAGCUCGAGACCACCAACGAGAGGGAGUCGCAGCUCCGUCGGUGUUCUCCGCCGUCCAGUCCCGAAGUGUAUGGACCAACCCGCGCGGUGUCACCCAACCCGGGAUUUUGGAACUUAACCCCGUGUAUUUCUCGGUCAGAGUAACACUAGCCACUACGACAAGCGAUCAACUCUCUCGCAGGCGUGAUCAUCUCGGGAUUUUCCGGUGUUUUCUUCCCAGCUACUCGAGGACAUGUGUUCGGCUCGCUCAGCUAUGGACGCCGCAGCCCCGACCGGUUUCACCGUACCGGCGCUUGGACUUCUUCGGGCGGCCUCGCUUCUCACCGCCGUAGUUUUGUGCAUCAUCUCGCCGGUGGGAAGAACGCAGCUUAUAUCUGGUUCGAUUGCGACUUGCAGGAACGAGGGAGAGCCUGUGAUCAUACCACUCAUCGCUUUCGAUCCCUGCAUCAGUUGUAUCUGUCUGAACCAGGAAGUGACGUGCCGGAAGGAGCGGUGCCCGCGACUGGACGACUGUUCCCUGGUGGUGAAGAAACGAGGCGUGUGCUGCGAACGGUGCAAAGGUUGUACGUUUCAAGGUCAGGUAUACAACAGUGGCGACAAGUGGACGUCAGAUCAAGACCCUUGCGCGCAGUACGCAUGUCAGGAGGGAGUAGUGACCGUAUCCCAGGUGCAAUGCUACACACCCUGCAGUAACCCAGUCACAGUGCCUGGACAGUGUUGUCCUGUAUGCAAAGGUUGUCUGUUAGAGGGCAGGGCGUAUCCAGAUGGACAGACCUUCACUUCCCAGAGGGACAGCUGCCUCACCUGUAUAUGUCGGGUCAGUUUUCCUCGUAAGGUGUUCGACCUGGCCUCUGGAAGCUGUCUGUUCCGUUCGGACCUGCUGGAUAAUGGAGAUGCGGUGAAGGUGGACGCCUGUACAACUUGCACAUGUAAGGUCUAUCCUCCCCCACAGGAGUCCACCAUGGUAUGCUCCAAGAUGACCUGUCCUGUGAAGCUGGACUGUGAUGAGUAUGAGCCCAGAGGAGAGGGGGUGUGCUGUCCUGUCUGUAAGGCCAGGGAACCUGUGGAACAGUACCGCACCUGUGAAACUGAGGGACUGAUAUACCAGCAUGGUGAAUCAUUCCUGGAUGAUACCUGUACCAUGUGUACCUGUACCAACGGCACCCUGUACUGUCAGAUAGAGGUCUGCGACAGCAAUGUGGUCUGUCCAGCGGGCCAUAGCCUCAAAAAGUUUGAGGGAGAAUGCUGUCCGAGGUGUAUAGAAACUCCUGGAGUGUGCACUGUGUUUGGAGAUCCUCACUACAAGAGUUUUGACGGAAAACUUUUCAACUUCCAAGGAACCUGUAAAUACAUACUAUCCCAGGACUGUAAGGGUGAAGUCUACAGUGUCAUAGUCAACAACGAUGCCAGAAAAACAAGGUCUUUUGCAUGGACGAGAAGAGUCCACUUUAAAAUCAAAGGGGUGGAUGUGAUACUCGGACAGCACUUGACAGUGAGGGUGAAUGGGAAGGACGUCAGCUUACCUCAUACCCAGCCUAAUGUGCUGACAGUGCUGCUUGCUGGGUACUUGGUUAAGGUCAUCACAGAAAUAGGUAUUGAGUUGACCUGGGACGGAGAUAGUUUCCUAGAAGUAAGUGUACCCAGGAUGUACAGGGGGAAGCUGUGUGGACUCUGUGGGAACUUCAAUGGGCAUGGCAGAGAUGACUUCAUCGGAAGUGAUGGCCUGUUCAGAUUUAACGUGAACGAGUUUGCAGACAGUUGGAGGGUCGGAGAGGAGAGUAACUGUAACCGGCCCAGUAAGAACCAGAUCCCGUCACCCUGCCAAAACAACGUCUACAUGAAGCUCCGCGCACACAAACAGUGUAAACUCUUCAGAUCAAGGAUAUUCAGCAGAUGUAGCAGAAUAGUCAAGUUUGAUAAUUAUUACAGAUCAUGUGUCACAGACAUGUGCGAGUGUCCCAGUAACAGAAACUGUUUCUGUGAGUCUGUACGAGCGUACACAAGCGAAUGCAGAAGAAAAGGAGUAGAGCUAGAUCUUAGCAGUCUCACAGCAUGUCAAGAUACCAAAUGUACUGGCGGGGCAGUCUGGGAUACCUGCGGACCAGCUUGCCCUUUGACCUGUGCGAACCUCAACUCCGUAGAGCGGUGUAACAGACCGUGUGUGCCCGGGUGUCAGUGUCCCGCGGGGAUGGUCAGACAUCACCACAUGUGUGUUUAUCCCUCACAGUGUCCCAGGUCAUUACGGUAGCAGAGUCCAAUAUGGCUACCUUAGGUAGUUCCUCCAUCAGACGACUUUGGUUGGAGAAAGAGUAAGCGGAGCCAGGGUUUUAACUGUGUAUGUGCAGCAAGAUAUGUUGUGGAUACACUGGACAGUUUAUCAAAGGUGAAAGCCCCUAAAAUAUGAACAGUUCUUCUCCAGACAAUGCUUGCAGAUGCGUUUGUUAAUGUCUUAGGGGUCUUUUUUUUUUAACAUACAUGCAUUACCGACAAUUCAUUUUGCAGUGCAUACACAUGUAAACAGAAAAUUGUAAUAGACAUUGGCACGAAUCCGAUGAAUAAUUUGACUAGUAAGCUGGCCACAGAAUUAGACAUACAACCAUGUGUUAUUCAAUGGCCAGCUACAUGUAGUUCCUCAUAGCAAAUUUCUCACCUUGUUUGGCCACACUAUUCCACAACCAAAGAAGUCUGGUGGAGACUGGUUGUAUAUUUACAUAUAUCUACUCUC